GCGAGGCGCGCGCGUUUCACCCCAUAGUGGGCGCCGGCCCAAAAUUCAAAUGUGGUAUAGUGACCGUUACAGAAUAAAAACUUAAUAACGAAUAUUUUUUUUAAGACACAGAUAAUAUAUGAAUCGAGUUUUUGAAUUAUUGAAUGUAGUGCGGCAGUGGAGUGUCUCCGAUGCGAGUGAAAACUGUGACCCUUAAAAAUUGAUAAAGAAUUAAAAUAGCCGCCAGCAAUGCCACCAUACGUGAGAUUCAGAUCGGAAAAUGAAUAUAUUGAGGUAAUGUGGCGACGAGGUCAAAGUCGAUCUCCAUAGCGCCCCAUACAACUGUUCUUUGCAAGCUCCGAGGAAGUUGCAAGGAUGAAUCUUCUUAAUAUGGACGCGGAAAACCGCGUGGUUCUGAACGUGGGUGGUAUUCGACAUGAGACUUAUAAAGCGACUUUGAAGAAGAUCCCAGCGACUCGGCUGUCACGACUGACGGAGGCGCUCGCCAACUACGAUCCUGUUCUUAAUGAGUACUUCUUUGAUCGGCACCCAGGUGUCUUCGCGCAGGUGCUCAACUACUACAGGACGGGAAAGCUUCAUUAUCCGACGGAUGUGUGUGGUCCAUUGUUUGAAGAGGAGCUGGAGUUUUGGGGAUUGGAUGCGAACCAGGUGGAGCCGUGUUGCUGGAUGACGUAUACACAGCAUCGAGAUACCCAAGAAACUCUGGCUGUGCUGGAUCGCCUGGACCUAGAUACGGAGAAACCGUCUGAUGAGGAGGUGGCCCGCAAGUUUGGCUUUGAAGAAGCCUACUACAAUGGGACAGUGUCAUGGUGGCAGCAGCUAAAGCCCCAAAUGUGGUCUUUGUUUGAUGAACCGUAUAGUUCUAAUGCUGCUAAGAUAAUCGGUGUGAUAUCGGUCUUCUUCAUCUGCGUGUCCAUCAUAUCGUUCUGCCUCAAGACUCACCCGGAUAUGAGAGUUCCAGUUAUAAGGAACUAUUCUGUAACGACCGCUAACCAAACGCAAAGCUGGGCUUUGGAUAAAGUGCAGACGAACGCCCACGUCGCGUUCUUCUACAUUGAGUGUGUGUGCAACGCGUGGUUCACCCUCGAGAUCCUCGUCCGCUUCAUAUCCAGCCCAAACAAGUGUGAAUUCAUCAAAUCCUCCGUUAACAUCAUCGACUACAUCGCUACAAUGAGUUUCUACAUCGACCUCAUCCUCCAGAAGUACGCGUCUCAUGUGGAGAACGCGGACAUCCUGGAGUUCUUUUCCAUCAUUCGUAUCAUGAGACUAUUUAAAUUAACCAGGCAUUCGUCUGGUCUAAAGAUUCUAAUACAGACAUUCAGAGCAUCAGCGAAAGAGCUGACUCUUCUAGUGUUUUUCUUAGUGCUUGGUAUAGUGAUAUUUGCAAGUUUGGUGUAUUACGCUGAGAGAAUUCAAACGAAUCCCCAUAAUGACUUCAAUAGUAUACCCCUCGGUUUGUGGUGGGCGCUGGUUACCAUGACAACGGUCGGGUAUGGAGAUAUGGCUCCGAAGACUUAUGUUGGAAUGUUUGUUGGCGCUUUAUGCGCCUUGGCUGGUGUAUUGACAAUAGCUCUGCCUGUACCCGUAAUAGUAUCCAAUUUCGCAAUGUACUACUCGCAUACACAAGCAAGGGCGAAACUGCCGAAGAAGAGGCGAAGAGUCAUCAAUGUAGAACCUACCAGACCACCGCUGCGUGCGCCAGGAGCUCCAGGUGCCCCAGCAGGUCCGAUGGCUCCAGGAAUGGGCCCACAGGCUGUGAACAGGAGAAUGAAUGCAAUCAAAACCAAUCAUCCUAAAGAUAUGAUGGGACCGAAUAUGGUCGCAAGUCUAAUGCCUGGAAUGGACUUAACCGUAGCGUCUCGCCUACCACCAGGCCCACGAGACCUCAGCCCAGCCUUAGCCAUUGCCAUACCACUCAUGAAGUCAGUCAACCUGGUUCCAGCACAGUGUUUCGACAACAUGGCCUACAACAGCGAGAAAUUGGAUGUUAAAGAACCUCAAAAUUCUAUUGAAGAUACUGCAUAUAAAAACGAUGAUAAAACGGACGUUAAAACCCCAUUACUGCGAGAUCAUAAAAUUGAAUCGAUGGACGAAACGAAAUUAAGGGACACUAAGGUGGAGAAACGGAAAUCGUCCGCUUCGACGUAACACAAUUACGUAAUCCGUUAUGGUUUGCAAAAUUGUGCGAGAUGGAUUGAAAAGUAUCACGUUCUCGCUACCACGUGCAACAGCUUGCGGACGUGUAGCAGAUACUAAUAAUUCUAAAGCUAUGUGCAAACUCCACAAUACAAGUUCAAAACUAUUUGAAAGUUUCGGGCUCUGCGGAUCUCGGCACAAGGCUUUUAAUUUAACGGUGUUAAUGCAAUAAAUUGCGCCCAAUUAUUAUUAAGCAGCUUACAUUUUAAACACGACCAAAUCCCUAAUGAUAAUGGAAUUUUCCUAUGUAAUUUUGUAUUAAAUGGUUUCAUUGUUUUAUGGAUAAAUUUUAAAAGAGAACUCUCGAAUGAGUUAAUAGGAUGAAUUUGUAAUUUGAUUUUAACUUAAAUUACAAAAAGUUUACAACUUUUCUAUCACGAAUCUCUCAAUUAUUUACUACACUUGAUAUUUAAACAAAUAUAAGCUAUAUUUAAAAUGUUAUUUUCGACUAAAUUAUCAAAAACCUCAUACGCAAUAAUUUUUAUCUUAAAAAACUUUUAGCAAUUUCACAUUUAUGCUAUAGGCGGCUUUAAGGUCACUAAAGAAAUUUCGGAUGACUGAAAGUAAUUUAUGAUUGAUCUGACAGCGAAAGCUAAGAUGUAAUUUAUAUACCCUUCUCUUGUAUAUCCGUCAAGCGUUCAACUUAAAAAAAAAACAUUUUCUUUUGCAAAAAAAUGAUUACUACUGGAUUCAGAAAUAAUCAUUUUUCCAAUAUUUUUUUCUAGAUAUAGAUGGCGCUUGAUGGAUUCGAUGUCUACUAGUUACAAUGUAUACCUAUUCACAUAUUUCUAGCUAUAGACUUCCUAUAAACGCGCUUCAUAGUAUACAAUUGUAGUUAAUAUGACCAUUAUUCAUAUCUUAUAACAGUCCAUAAUGUAAUCCUUAGGUAGGCACAUUGAAAUAUCGUGUUUUCCUAAUUUAUUUACAAAUUUAUAAGUUCUAGAACAUCAAUUAUAUUUUAUUCAUCUCUGUUUUAAAAACAUUUUUAAGUUAAAUCAAAAAUAAGAUUUUGUUAAAAUACGUCAAUAUAGUUGCAGUCAUUAGCGCUCAUUCUCUCAAAUUAUGCUUACGCUGUGACGAAAAGAGAUAGUUGUUAUCUCUCAGUAAGAGUGCUUUAGUUUAAAUAAGCACAUUAUUUACACAUUAUUUUUAAUUAGCUAACAAUUUUUUUCCGUUUUAAGUCUGAAUCCCCUUCUAUUUUUAGCUAUACAUCACAUUUAGGAACAUACACAUUUACUAAGCAUUCUUCGUGUGUUCUGUAAAUAUUACAAUUUUUAUAUUCGUGUUACAAAACUAGAAACAUAUCACGUGUACAUCUUACUCUUGGUGUAUUUUUAUAUUUGUAAAUUUAAUUGUAGAUUAACGCGAAUAGAAAUGGGGAACACUCUGUCAGUUGCUCUCACUACUCCGCUGGUUGUCAACAAUUCAACAUUUUGUACAGCUGUCAUUUGUCAGUUUGACAAUUAACUGUAAAUUGAAUAUUCUAUGUUCGAAUCGCAUAUUGAGCUUGAAAUAACUUUAAAGUUUUGUCCCUAUUUCUCUUGUGUUAGUUAAUACAUAAUAGUCAUGUAACAUAACUAUGAACUUUAAAUAUGGGACUUACGGUUAGAUCAUAAAUAAAACCGUUAGCAGCCAAGUGCUCAUGCUAAAAGUUUUUUAGUAAUUUUAUUUUCUUACCUCAACAUAAAAAAGUAAAACCAACUCCAAUCUGUUAAUUGUCAACUGUCAAUAAUUGACAUCUGUCAAAUUGCGAAUGAGCACCGUGAACAAGUUAGUGAGUUGGCGCAAACAUUUCGUUGUGUUCGCCAUCUCUACAUGAAUAAAAUACUGUUUUUAACGUUACAACGUAUACGUUUCAAGAAAAACAGAAUUAUAUUUAAGCAAUGUAGAUAGUUUUAAUAAAAUGUUUUAUUCUAAUAGUACUCAACCUGUCCAUGAAUCUGUUAAUGUAUUUGCCUAAAUAUUGGACACAUAUAUCUACUAUAAUCAGAGUAAGUGUAUUGUCAACCAACACACCCGUUUCGAUAUAGGUUCGAUCAUAACCAAACCGUGUCUGGGACUAGCUAGAAUACCACUUGCUUUUGCCGAGUCUCGGCGAGUGUGUAUGGCUGCCAUAAUAUGGCAUUCUCAAGUUAAAAAUGUUUUUAGAAUAUUUUGCAAUUAAUUACAUAUUUUUACUCUGCUUACAGUGUAGAUUUUUUAAUAAGUACCCUAAAAGUUCAAUGUUACGCAUAAAAUGCAAUAAUUACAGUAGGAGGCACGUUAAUUUAAUUUAUAAAAAAGUAUGUACAGAACUUUAGGUGUAAUUCAUAAAAUAUAACAAAAAUAUAGUGAGAUGUUUUAAAUCUAAUCAUGUUGUUUACCAUAAACCAUUUGUGGCCCUACUGAUUCAAAAAUAUUAUCAGUAUCGACAUUAUAUACUUAAAAAAUUGUUGUUUUAUUCAAGCUAAAUUUUAUUUAAAAUAUUUAUGUUUGAUUGUUCGCUAUGAUUAACUAGGAACACGGCAUAUAUAGUCUGCUGUAGCGAGGUGAAUAUACGGAUUGGGGCAGAGAUUUAGGGGGAAAGGGGGAGGUUUUGCGUGUGCGCUUCUCGAUUCACUAUGGGAAUAAAAUAAUGUGUGGGUCAAAUAACGUGUCAUCGUCAAUAAGGUUAAAGUAACUGAAAGUAGGGGCCACGAAUGAUAUAAAAAUGCUUAAAUUGUACAAAUAUCUUCACGAUUUUGAAUUAUUAAUGCGGACCAGUUAUGCAUACGUAUUAACAUUUUCAUUAUAUUUAAGAAUUUAAUUUAUACUUUAUUUUUUGGAUAGCCCUGAACAAGAAAUUGUUAUAAAGUACGUAACUAGCAACUUUUGUAUACUGAUUAAAGCAUCUUUAAAAAUACACUCAAUUCAUAAAUUGAGAUUGAACUUAAGAAAUAUGAGAAUAUCUCAUUGCAAAAGUAACGUAAGAAACUGCGCCUUCUAGCAAGAUUAUAUUGAAACCUCCUUAUUGAUAUUUUAUCAGCUCCAGUACUCUUUAACUUGAAGUAGUGAUACGGAUCCAGAAAUAUACUGAGUAAACAAUGUCAGCGCUACGGCUAUAAAGAAAACUGCAUGAAAAUAAAAAUCAUAAAUACAUUAUAAUACCAGAUUAUAUAAAAGUCACAUAACAACAAUUAACUUUGCAUUGAUAUCCUGUGAUACGGGUUAUUGAACUCGGUAAAAAAUAUAUUUAUUAAAAAGCCUCACUAAAGUAGCACAUACAUGCAGAUGCAUCAAUGACAAGUGUGCACAACAUUAAAAGGGAAACAACUUACAAUGAUGAAAGAGAAAAUAUAUAAUACAAUACAAAUAAAAGAUAUCUUUCAGAGUUUCAUAUUCAAGGCUACUAAAUUGUUAAAAUACUACUGCAAAAGUUAAUUUUAUACAUAUAAUUAUGCACAUUUAUAUAAGAUUAAAUAUAACUUGUUAACAUCCGCCAUUUGAACUGUCAUCAACGUGUCUCAUUUUCUCUUAUCAGACAAUAUUAGGUUCCUUUGAGGUCAUGAGUAUCUUUAAACGAAUUCAAAUCGAUUUUAUUCUUACGUAAGAUUUUUUUUAUAUUAACGAAAGGUUCGGAACAUUUUGUAAUUGAUUUUACAUAAAUAAUAGUAUCAACAGACAUACGUAAUUUAAAAAGUAUUUCGAUUUCCUAUAAUUUCAUUUUAACAAUUGGCUUGGAUAUAUUUUCACAUUAGACAUAAGAACAUAUAUUUCCGUACGUAAAUAUAGUGUCGGUGAGAGUGCUUAUGCUGGAAGCAUUUUCUUGUAAUGCGUAGCUGUGCUGUCCGAGAAAGGCGCCAGCUUUAAGAUGCUUACUACUGUCUAGACCAGUGGUGACCAGUGACCAGUGGCAUGGCACAAAAAGCUUGGGAAACAUAGUUACCAUAGCCUUUCUAAAAUUCGUAUGCCCUAUAAAUCAUUAUUAAUAUUAAAAUUGAAUUGUUCACUUAAGAUACUUAAAUAAAUUGUUAACGAAACAGUAAGUAAAUCAAAAUGUUAUUGUAAAACUAAAAUUCAAAUUUGAAAUCAUUCGAAAAGCCCCACUCUAAUUGCCACCCUGAUCGUGUGGAACACUGAACCUUCCAUAGAUUCAUCUACUGCAUGUAAUUAAUCAAGUUUCAGAAAUGGUUUUUCUUUUUGAUUUUACAUAUUAAAUUCGAAUAAAUUAUGAGAAAGCUGUAUUUUAAUUAGGUUCGUUGUAGCACAAUAUGUUUAUAAUCUCACUUCAUAUAUCAAUCGACAUUCGCCCUCAUCAUAAGAAUACACUGUAUAAACCACAUAAAGUAUUUAAAGAUUUAAUCAUGUAUCAUGGCACAAUACUAGAAUAAGGCUUGAAAUGAAUAAACAGGGCUUGGAUUGUAUAGCAUUCU